AACUUAAAAUAAAAGUUACGUGAAUAAGAAAUCAUUUAUUUAUUAAAUAUGAAUGAAAAAUUAAUCGUUAUAUCGUUUUAAAGUUAAAUUCUUUAAAAUGCAAAAAUUACAAUUAUCUUUGGCAAUAAUAAAGCCACACGCCGUAAAGAAUCCUGUCGCUCUCUCAUAUAUUAGAAACGUUAUUAAAAAUAGUUUUAUCGUAAUAAAAACGAAAAGAAUUUGCUUGGAAAAAGAAACUGCAGAAAAUUUCUAUGAGGAACAUGUUGAAAAGUUCUUUUUUAACCGCUUAGUAACCUUUAUGACCAGUGGUAGCAUUGACUUACAUAUUAUAAGUCAUACUAAUGCAGUCAAACUUUGGAGAAAAAUGCUCGGCCCUACCAAAGUAUAUAAGGCACAAUUUGAAGAACCAAACUGUUUGAGAGGCAUGUUUGGUAUAUCAGAUACAAGAAAUGUUGCGCAUGGUUCUGAUUCCAUUACAUCGGCAGAGAGGGAAAUAAAAUUUUUCUUUCCUGAAUUUUCUUUCUAUGACUGGCACACAUUCGAUGAAAUAACAUAUAGAAAAGGACCCAUAAUAUUUAAUAAUCACCUAUUUCAACAUGUUAGAAAAUUAUAGAUAUUCGACCGCUAAACAUAAUUAGUGUGUUGUUGCAUUGCAGUUCAAAGGGUGACUGAGCCAGUGUAAGUACAUACACAAUGGACAUUACAUCUUCGUUCUUAAGGUUGGUGGUGCGUUUGAGAUGUAAAGAAUAGUUAUUAUUGCUUACAUCGCCAAUGUCUAUGGGUGGUAGUGAAAUUUUAACAUUGGGUGGUCCAUUUGCCUGUCUGCCUAACUAUAAUAUAAAAAAUACUCAAUAUUUUAGUAUUUAUUUUGUACAUUUAGUAUUUUAGAAGGCUGAAAUUAAAGACUAGUACAGCGAUAGACCUUACCAUAUAUGAAAAAGAAAGUUUAAUAUAUUUUAGAAUGAGUAUACAACUUAGAUCAUGACUAAGUUACAGUAUUAAUAAAAAAUUUUUGCAAAG